AUGAGCAUUGGAGACGCCCAAGAUCUAACUACCACGAAGUCAAUGAUCGGCAUUGGUCUUAAUUGGUGGCAAGCUAUCGUCGUGAUUUUUGUGUCGCAAAUGAUCUCAUCUGUUGCUAUGGCAUUCAACUCGCGCUCAGCUAGCGUUUACAACAUCGGAUUUCCUUGCGUCGCUCGAAGCGUUUUUGGAAUGUGGGGAAGCUACUAUUUCGUCGGCGCUCGAGCAGUUUUGGCGGUCAUCUGGUACUCAGUACAAAUGUACUACGGUGGUCAAUACAUGUACAACAUGCUUCGCGCGAUAUUCGGACAUAACUUCGUCAACAUACCAAAUCAUAUCCCAACUAGCGCAGGAAUCACUACGAAUGUCAUGCUGGCCUUCUUUCUCAGUUGGCUCGUUCAUCUCCCCUUUUGCUACUUCCGACCAUAUCAGCUACGACAGUUUUUCUGGUUCAAGACAAUUGUCUCCUUACCAGCUAUGUUUGGACUCUUCAUCUGGGCGAUGGUAAAUACCAGUGGUCAUAUUGGGAAACUCUAUACCGCGAGUUCAACGUCUACAAGUACUACUGCUUGGUUGAUUCUUGCUGGUAUCAAUAGUGGCAUGGGAAAUACUGCGACCCUGAUCACCAACCAGCCCGAUUACGCUCGCUGGUCUAAGUCACGCGGAGCGCCUAUCUGGACCCAACUUGUGGUCAACCCAAUUGCAGUGACAAUUUCGGCCGCUCUGGGAAUUCUAUCGACCAGCGCUGUGAAUCUGAAAUACGGCACUGAUAUCUGGAAUCAAUGGGAUAUGAUGAACUUGAUUUUGGACAAUUACUGGACCUCGAAAUCCAGAUUUGCUGUCUUCUUGUGUGCCUUUGCAUGGUUUGUCCAGAUUCUUGGCACAAACAUUGCCGCCAACAUGAUGUCCUUUGGUGCCGACUCAUCAAUGAUAUUUCCGUCCUUUAUCAAUAUCCGGCGUGGUCAAUUCAUUGUCGAGUUUCUCGCAUGGGCAGCUGUUCCUUGGAAGAUCGUCGCGUCCGCCGCCAAGUUUACGACUUUCCUUAGUGGAUAUGGCCUGUUUAUGGCUAGUGUGGUUGCAAUCAUGGUCUGCGACUAUUUCUGUCUUACCAAAGGAAAUGUCACAAUCCGGUCGCUUUACGUUCCCACUAAAGCUAACAGGAAUUACUGGUAUCAUGGCGGAGUAAAUAUCCAAGCAGUAAUAGCAUACUGUAUUGGUAUUGCUCUGCCUUUCCCAGGGUUCUGUGGAGAGCUCGGUGCUUCCGUCUCACAAUCUGCGGCGCACAUUAUGGAUAUUGCCUGGAUAACCGCGUUUGUGGUAUCCUUUGUCAGCUAUUAUGUGAUCUGCAGAAUUUGGCCGACUGCAAGCAUGAGGGAAAUAAGGGAGAUGGAGUUGACAUGGGAGCAACUUGGAUCGGAGAGUGAAUUCUACGACUCCACCGGUCCCAAAGAUGAGGAAUUCUCUGCUAAGGAAGAGAGCCACUUUACCAAGGCAUUCUCGAACGAGAAGAAUUUUUAA